AUGCUUGAUCAACUGCCAUCAAUACCUAUCUGGAAUCUUCUUACGGCCGCGUACACGGGUGUAUUGGCUUGUCUCUGUUCCUGGGCUGUUUUUGUUAUGCCUGGAGGCCGUGGGGCUAAUAUCACAGUUCUCGCACCUGUAUGGGCUCUGGUUACGGCUUUCCUAGAUGUGGGUGCCAACUACGACCAGUCAUUACGUUCCCUUGUGAGUGCAGCUAUAGGGCUGUCGUUCACGGAGUUGGUUGCCCUUCUGGUCACAGUGUGCUCUACUACAGGCUACAAUGCCUGGAUUGGCGUUAUAAUCAGUUUCCCACUAACGUUCCUGCUGGCCAUAGGCGACCCUGCUAGCGGUAGUAAACUGUGCAAGUUGUUUAGAUCGGAUGUGGCGAUGGAGUGCAUGUACAUCCCCUUGGCAUUCCCCAACGGUCAACCCUUCUAUCACGGUCUGCUCACUUCGGGGGCGUUCGCGGUGGCCUUGAAAGACUACUUGGAGCUGUCUGUUUUCCACUUGGCCGAUGCGGUAGUCCACAAGAAGGAAUUCGAGCGUAAGCGGAAGGACUUGGUUGAAGCGCAUCGUGCAGUGAUCAGAGGCGAUGUACCGAAGGAUCUGAAAUUAGAUGUUGCCAAUAUAGUGGGCUUGACGCUAUUAAAAGGCGGUCGAAGACUUUUUGGUAUUUUCUUGGGUGGUGUACUCGCACUCAUUCCAUUGGCGAUUCACGCUCUUAACCGGCCGGCCUUUUUGCUGGAGCUCUUUAUUGUUGGUAGCAUUACUAAGUUGCUCACUGACUUUCCUAACAUAGACUACACUGCAUUGCAGACAGGGGUGACGUUCAUCAUAGUUGGCUUUGCUGAUGGAAUUAAUCCGGAGUUGACCGAGCCAAAGCGCUUUGAACUGGCCGGUCUGCGUCUACUGUGUAACACGGGUGGCUUGGUCGUAUUCUUGUUCAUGACUGUACUUACUCGUCCACCGUAUUCUGGUCAUUUGCUAGCUAGGGCUACCUCAGUAGAGGUGGGGAGCAUGACCGACUAUGUAACUUCAGUGGUGAGAGCAUUGCGAGCUAGACCGGAGGUUACGUUCCCUGAUAGGGUAGAGAAGGGAUUGGCUCUACUUGAUGCGGAUGCUGCCAGAAUAGCAAAGGUGCCGUCGGUGCAGGCUGAGGCUAGGGCUAUGCGGGUACUACGGGUAACUACAACUGCUUGUGGGGUUAAACCAAAGAGGCUUAUUGCGGCCCAAGCUGAUAUAUCUAGUUUGUUGCAUAGUGUUGCUGUUGUAUUUACGGAAUUCCACAAUUGCGAUGUUAAAAUGAGUUCGGCAGCGCAUAGGCUACUACUGAAACCACUAACGAACCAGAUGGAGGACUUUGAGAUCGCUCUCGCGGGGUCGGCUGAGGAGCUGAAGACGGUUCUUACACGGCGGGUGUCAACUGCGAGAGCUAUCGAAGUCACUCAGGAGGUCCUAGAAGCUUAUCUGCGGCUAAGUGCAGCGUUUGAGAGCAUUCGGACGAAAUUGCUAUUCAGACGUACAUGGGCUACCUCGGGCGAAGUUAUGGCGUCGACAAAACUAGCUGAGAUUGUUUCUGAUGGUGGAGGAGUUGCCGUGCAUGUGGCCGUCUAUACACUAGGGCAUUUUGUAAAGGAUUGGAUAGCAUUCGUGAACACCCUACUAGGCUCCGAUAUAAGGUUCCCCCAUUCUCCGUUGGAGAGAAACCAAACGAUUAUGGACACUACGUCAAGCGGCAACGAUCACACUGUUGCGGUACUGGCCCCUAUAUGGGCGUUGGUGUCAGCCUUCCUUAAUCUCAAUACCAACUACGACCAAUCAUUGCGGUCGAUAGUCGGGGCUCUCAUCGGUCUCGGCUUGACGCAGCUUAUAGCACUCGUUAUAUCCUCGGCAUGGUCCUCUGGAUACAACGACUGGAUCGGCGUCGUUGUGUGCUUCCCUGUGUGCUUUCUCUUGGGUAUAGCUGAUCCGGCUACAGGGUGUAAACUCUCGAAAGUGUUCCGUUCUGAUGUUGCUAUGGAGUCUAUGUACAUCCCAUUGGCCUUCCCUAAUGGGAAGCCUUUCCUGCAUAGUUUACUUACCUCUGGAGCCUUCAUCGUAGGCUCUGUGGAGACACUCAUAGUUACUACAGUACUCAAUGCAUUCAACUUGUUGCCGCGACAUGAGGUGCCGCCGAUACCAUCAUUUGCUAAGAGGGCUGCUGAUUACUACGAGACCUUGUCCACUUACUGCACCAGCGGAAUGCAACAUGCUGGGUUUAUUGAUCGUCAGAGGGCGGUGUUUGAGGAAGCAUGGAGGGCAGCAUCUAGAGCUGCCCCUACACCAGAGCUGAGGAGUGUGAUAUAUCGUAUGGCUGCAGAGUUGAUUGCUCUUAGAACUACACUGAGGGAUGGCGCGUAUAGUCCGGAUAUUUUGGAGUACAUUUGGCACCCGCUGGUGCCGAACAUAGUGGAGCUCAGACUGGAGACUGUUUACUGGUUGCGAUUAACUGGGAUUGAAAUUUCUGAUGAUGAAAUCGUAUUGGAAACUGGUCUUGUUGGAUUGGCGAACCAAAUGAAGGAGCGCCUUAACGAGCAGUCGCUGGUCUAUGGCAUGAAGGUGUUCUCGGGCGAGUCUUCACUUUCGCCUGCUACUGACAGUGUGCGGUUCCAAUUCGCCAUGUCAUUGAUCGCUCGGUUCGCGGUGUUAGCGGAUAACUUUCGCACGUUGGUACGAGAAUAUGAGAAGUCGCUGCCUGAGGCUAAGGGAUGGUUCCACUGGCCGUCACGACUUCGACAGUAUUUGGCUGGUUGCAUGAAGUAUUGGGUUAACUGGUGGCGCCUGCCAUUCUUUGCCUAUGGGAACAUGACGUUAGCUCAAAGAUUCGUCCACCCCUUGAGGCUUUCUAUUACUAUAACAGCAUUCGCACUUCCCUUAGUAGCCUGGGCACACCAGAAUUCUAUCGUGGAGAUAUACGGCUUCUGGGCGCUGGUGCCAAUACUAUUUUGCUUUCUCCAAACGCCGGGAGCAUCUCUUGUUAAAGGCACUAGAAGGAUUGUCGGAACCAUAUUGGCGGCAGCGCUCGCCAUUGUAUGUGUGUCUGUGCACCCGUAUUCUCCCGCUGCGUUCGUGGUUGAGAUGUUUGUUAUUACGUUUGUUGGUAAGCUUGGCAGCCUCUAUGCGAGCAUCGACUACGGCAAGGACGAGAGCCGGCAAGAUAUGAUCUUGUGGUCGCUCUGGCGAGUUGCCAUGACUUUGAUUGGUACCAUCGGUGGCACUAUAGUGUCUAUGUUUGUGUUCCCAACAUUUGCCAUGCAGAAUCUGAAUCGCGAGUCGGCCCAUGAACUGCUUGAGCAAGCCGAUCUGGUGGCACGUGCUGUAGAGCAGCUGUGUAGUCUCGAGAAGGGGCCUUCGGUGAAUCCUGAGGACCGGGCGGUGGAGGGCGGAGACGAGUUCUUCAGAUCGAGUGAUACUCGUUUUGCCCUCCUGCCUGAUGCUAAGGCUGAGGCUAUCGUUUUGGACAAGACUGCGUUCGUGGACGAUACUACUCGUGCUGUGCUGAGUGCGCAGGAGAAGAUUGACAGUAUGGGGAGAAGCGCUCUGGUGGCACACACAACGUUGGCGGACUGUGCUCGUCGUUUGGGUGAGCCUUCAAUAUCUAACCUUCUUGCGCCCUUGAGAGAUGAUCUCUAUAAGUUGGCAACAUCACUGAGGGACUCUGCAUCGCAAGUAGCAUUGACUAUUCUGGACGACUCGUGGCGACCAGCGGCUGGUGGGGGUAAGGAGACUACUCGUGGUCGUUUGAGGAGCAGCCAGGUGAAUGUUGAGAUGCAACGAAUAAUCGACAUAUUUGUGAAACGUAGGGAAGACAUACUGGCUGGUGAGGAACGCGAUAUUGAAGGCUGGUCACGAGUAGUGAAGUCGGGUUGUUAUUCUCUUUAUCACGCAAUCUACACCAUGCGAGUGUUUUGUGAUGACUGGGUCCAUAUAGAGACUAUAGUAUUGGGGUUGGCACCAGUAGUCCAGAUGAGAGCUCGUGCACUCAGCGGCGCGUACAUACCUGAAGCUAAUUUCACGGCACUCACUGGUCACAGUGCUGUUAGAAAUUUCACGGAAAAAAUGAAGAGUGAGAGCGGCAGUUGAUUUCCGUGUAGAGUACACGGUUUUGUGGUUGGGGGCCACGUCAAGGGCAUGUUUAUCUGCUAUUCAGA